AUGGAAGUGGCUAAGAUUCCUGACAUGACUGGGGUAGACGGUCCAGGUCUCCGCUCCUUGUAGAAACCUCCUCAAAACGACGGUUUUGUUCAUCUUCGGUUUGGCGUUCAUUUUAAGGGCGUGGUGAUUCCACACGGAGUUCUUCAGCCGGCUGAAGGCUUGGCUGGCUUUGGAGAGCCGACGACGAAAGCUGUACUGGCUAUCCGGCAGGAGGCCCUCUUCCAGAUGGCUUUUGAGGCGACUGGGAAGAACGCGAGUGAAGAUUUCUCCGGCGAUGUUGAGAAGCGAACUUACACUGUGGUUGUCGCAGAGCUGGAAAUUGUCUUUCCGCUUAUGGAGGUGGACGAUUGUGACGUCCUUGAAAUCCUGAGGGACUUGUCCUUGGCGCCACAUCUCCUGGAAGAUCGCUGUGAAGUGAUUCAUGAAUUGGUGGCCGCCAUGCUUGCAAAUCUCAGCAGGGAUCGCGUCUGA